AUGGAGGUCAGAUAUACAGACGUCGACUAUCUUGUCUUUUCUGAUGCUGCAGCCUUAAUGGCAUCUGGAAAAUCACCUUACGAAAGAUCAACAUAUCGGUAUUCACCACUUAUUGCUGCUCUUCUCAUGCCAAAUUCAUUUCUUCAUCCCCUGUGGGGAAAAUUUCUCUUCUCGGCCUCAGAUCUACUAGUAGGAUUGCUUAUACAUACCAUUUUGAAGCUACGAGGGGUGCCUGAGAAACUGUGCACCUUCUCUACAAUGGUAUGGCUUUUUAAUCCUUUCACCUUCACCAUUGGAACCCGUGGGAACUGUGAGCCCAUUGUCUGUGCCAUGAUUCUGUGGAUCAUUAUCUGUCUGAUGAACGACUGGCUGGUGCAAGCUGCAUUUUGGUAUGGGCUCGUUGUUCACCUGAGAAUAUAUCCUAUAAUUUAUGCACUUCCCAUCAUCUUAGUUCUUCAUCCUCUGCACUUCCAGCCUGGUAAGAAGCCUGCCCUCGUGGACUGGAGCUUAAGAAAGUCAAAGUCAGUCCAGGGCUCAAGCAACAUGAGAAUUACUGGUUUACAAGGAAUUCGGAUCUUUUUAGCAAGCAUUUUUACUUGGAGGAGACUCGUGUUUGGGAUUGUUUCUGGAUCGAUCUUCUUCAUCUUGACUGGAUUGUGUUUCUACUUUUAUGGAUGGGAUUUCUUGGACGAGGCACUGCUAUACCAUCUCACACGGACAGACCCAAGACACAACUUUUCAAUAUACUUUUACCACAUAUAUCUCCACUAUGAACAAGAGUUCUCAAGCCUGGAAAAGCUCGUAUCCUUUCUGCCUCAGUUCAUUGUGCAGCUAGUUAUCAUCUUUCGCUUUGCAUAUGACUUGCCAUUCUGUUUCUUUGUGCAAACUGUGGCAUUUGUAGCAUUCAACAAGGUUAUAACUGCACAAUACUUUGUUUGGUUCUUCUGCCUGUUGCCUCUAAUACUACCAUGGAGCAAUAUGAAGCUACAGUGGAAAGGCUUGGCCUGCAUCUUUUUGUGGAUGGGAGCUCAAAGUCAUUGGUUAAUGUGGGGCUACUCGCUGGAAUUUCAAGGCAAAAAUGUUUUCAUUCAGCUAUGGAUGGCAAGUUUACUGUUCUUGGCUAGUAAUACUUAUGUUCUUAUCAAUAUUAUCUGCAACCAUGCGUACUGCCCUGUGUUUAAGCAGUUAAAGCACGAAACUUCAAACAAAACAACGAAAUAUGACUAG